AUCUCAUCUAGAGAGACAAAAACAGUAAAUUCAAAAGCUAUUUGCAAGAAAUAUGGCAAACGACAGCAUCGUUGACUGGCAGUUCAGCGGUAACGAAGAGGCCAAAGAGGCCGCAGGUGCGGCGCUAAGCGCUUACUCCUCUAAGCUCUUUGCUCUUUGCGAUCCUAAUGGACCGCCCAUUUUGCCUCCUCGAGUUGAAACCGCUGAGACUAGCCAUACCGCUGAAAAGGCUGUUGUAUAUUCCGUCCUCUGCGGAUUAGGAAACGCCUAUGCUCCCAGUAUAGGCCUUCCAGCUGCCAAAAAAGCUGUAGCGGAAUACCUAAACCGAGAUCUUCCGAACAAACUGACAGCUAAUGACGUUUUUAUGACCGUUGGAUGCAAACAAGCCAUCGAGCUUGCGGUUGAUAUCCUGGCCAAACCAAAUGCCAACGUCUUGCUUCCUAGACCAGGCUUCCCAUGGGACAUGGUCCGUUCCCUCUACCAGAAACUUGAGGUCCGCAAAUACGACUUCGUCCCCGAAAGGGACUAUGAGAUUGACCUUGAAAGCGUCCGAGCGCAAGUGGAUGAGAACACGUUUGCGAUAUUUAUAAUUAACCCGCACAAUCCCAUUGGGAACAUUUAUUCUGAAGCUCAUCUCAAGCAGAUCGCUGAGUUGGCUCGGGAACUCAAGAUAAUGGUGGUUUCUGACGAAGUGUUUCGAUGGACCGUGUUUGGGAGUAAGCCCUUUGUUCCCAUGGCGAAAUUCUCGUCUAUUGUACCGGUGGUUACCCUCGGGUCGAUAUCGAAGGGAUGGACUGUCCCCGGAUGGCGUACUGGCUGGGUAUCCCUGCACGACCUAGAUGGUGCCUUUAGAAACACCAAGGUCGUAGAUGCUGCAAAACAAUUCCUUGAGAUUAAUUCUAAACCACCAACUGUGAUCCAGGCGGCUAUUCCCACCAUCUUGGAGGAUACUCCUGAAGAUUUUUUCAUUAGGAGGCAGAAAUAUCUGAAAGAUAAAGCCGAUUAUGCAUAUACUUUUGUGAAGAGCAUACCUUGCCUCACCUGCUACCAGAAAACUGAAGCAUGCACCUUCUUAUGGACCGAGCUGAACAUAUCAUGCUUUAAGGACAUUAAAGAUGCUGAAGACUUCUGUGAAAAGCUUGCUUCUGAGAAAAACCUCGUCCUUUUACCAGGGAAAGCUUUUGGUGUGACGAACUGGGUGAGGCACUCUAUCGACAUGGAUAGUGCAACUUUGCAGGAUGCAUUUGGAAGAUUGAAGAGCUUUUGUAUAAGCCACUCCAACACUGGUGAAGCAUCCCUCGAAGACGUCAAUGGGGUCAACUAAAAGAUCUAUAUGUACCUUUUGCUGUGUCAUUUUUAUAUGCUUUAAUAAUAAAAGGGUGUUCUAUUGAUUUGUGAUAAGUCAUAAACACUUUCAAUGUUCAAAAAAAAAGUCAAACAUUUUCGUAUUUGUAACAAAUAAUUUGGUGCACUAGUCAUGUAAUGUUUUCUCACUGUUUGCACUAUUUUAAUGUAUUUUG